AUGAACUCUGCUACCUCCAACCAGGACUUCUCUUGCAUGCCUGUUGGUACCCGCAAUGGCUAUCGAAUAUAUAACUGUGAUCCGUUUGGCAAGAUCUAUGAAUAAAAGGAGGGCGGGGAUGUUUCCAUAAUCGAAAUACUCUUCCGUACCUAACUCGUCGCUCUUGUUCUUUCCCAUCGCCCACUAGUCAUAACACAAAGGCUGGUGCCCGGGGUAACAAGGCUAUUAUUCCUUGAGCAUAAUAUCUUAGUUUUGAAUCUGGUCUCUUUUUGAUCGAAUUUAGGCUAACUUGAAAUGUUGCCCUGCCGGAAGCGGCAAUCCACGAUAUGCGAACUCACAUUUCCAAAAUCUAUAUUGGCCCUCAAAUUGAAUUGGGUGCGUUUGAUAGUAGUGCUGGAGGAGCAAAUAUAGGUAUAUGGCAUCAGCAACAUGAAGUUACUACACACAAUUGAGACCAUACCUAAUCCUACCGGUAGGGCAUCAUAUCCACACUGAGACUCACACCUUCUUUACUGAUACAUACUCUUCAUCAGCUAUCUGUGCACUUUCCUCGUCCUUGAAAAAGUGUUACAUUGCUUAUCCAAGACCAACGAACUCGAGUGCUUCGUCGUUUUCACCUCAUUCUCAUACCCCCCCAGGCGUUAACGCGCCUCCCACAGCAUCUGGUGAUGUGAUUCUUUUCGGCGCAAUAAAGCUUGAGGCUGCGGAUGUGAUUGAAGUCCACAAGGCCCUGCUAGUGAUUCUUUCUCUCAAUAGUGAGGGGUCUCUUUUAGCUACUAGCUCAGACAAGGGCACGAUAAUCAGGGCUUUUUUCUAUUCCCGAUUCCCAGAAACUUUAGGGUCUGUUUGGAUACGACUACUCGAGUCCAUUCCGUUCCGUUCCCCAUACAAAUUUUCUUACCCUUCCGUUUCAUAACGGUCGUUUUGUAUAAUAUGAGAAAAUGGAACAGUCUCAAGCGGUUCCAUUCCAGCCAAACAGAGCCUAACCAGUUCCGCCGAGGAAGGUACCCUUCGCGUAUCUUCACAAUUUCCUCUAAGCUUAUAUCUACCGUGCUCUGUGGUUCAUCUGCGACGGAAACUGUCCAUACACUCCGUCGCGACGGACUGAAUCCCCAAGAGUCCUUAUCUAGAUCUUUCAGGGCUACAGAUUUGGACGCUGGGGGUCCGCUGACGGGAUCUCUAACAUCUCCACCCAACCAGGCUGGAGCUGCGGGAGGCGGUUUUGAUCAUUAUGUAGUGUCCAAACGCCGCAGUGGCUCUGGAAUGUUUGGCUCUAUAGUUGGACGCUCAUCGCAAAAGAUUGGACGAACAAUCGCUGGUGCUGCUGGAGGGUAUCUGCCGCAUGACGUUACUGAGAUGUUGGAGUCGGCGAGAGACUUUGCCUUUGCAAAGCUUCCGAAUGCUGGAUUGAAGAGUGUAGUAGCACUAAGUAGUACAAGUCCACACACAAUAGUUGUAACUAAUGAUGGUUGCUUCAUUGCUCACGAUGCGGACGUCGAGAGAGGUGGAGAAUGCAUGCUCACAAAACAGUACUCGUUAGUUUCCCUCCCUUCACUCAACCUUCUAGACAUUAAUUUGGCUAACCACUUCUCGUGCCGGAAUUUGUUUGCUGGAUUCAAGCAAGAAGAUGGGGCAGAGUUUGAUGUAUGAU